AUAGCGCAGAGCUUCGGCCACAGGCAACACGUCUUGUGGGUUUCGCGUACGCGCCCACAACGGCUGGCCUGAAGCAGACUGUAAUCCUGGUCAAUUAACCCCUACCCUAAGUUGAGGCGAAGUCGCAACAGCACACCCACCUCGAUUCGGACCUCUCAUCCACCGUUCCGGUAAUGCCUGACAAGUCCAAACGCGUGGAGCUUUUUCGACAUGCUGGGAUCGUCUGGGUCUCGCUCCGUUGGGUCCGAGCUAGAGAGGGUUGGACAGACGGGGUCUGGCUGCGCGAGACGCGACAUGAGGGCCGUCGACGCGGGCAAGAGGGCAAAUACUGUGAUUUCAUUUGGCUCUUGCGGCGAGGUAUCGUGUCACCUAAGUUAGUCGAAAUCUCUUGUUCGUUUGAAAUGGCGGGAAGAGGUAAGGAGGGCAGAAGACAGUCGCUUCUCCAUCGCACGAGUGUCAAGGGUUGCUUGCGUUUAUCCGGAGUCGACACGUAUGCACUGUGAGUGCGUUGGGCAACCGCGAGCAGUCGACUCGGAACUUGGUGGCGG